UUAUAUGAAUAGUGGAGGGACCAUUUUUGUAUCACGUCUUCUACUUUCAAGUCUUUCAGUACACAUUUGUAGAUUUUUUCCACUUUGAAGAUCCUAAUCCAAUAACUUUGCUCAACUGUAGAGGUACUUUGUUAGGCGAAGUGCUCUUCGGGAUAGAGCACCGAUCAAAGCUGCUGACAUAGACGAACAACCUUGUCGAACUCUCACACUCCUAAAAUCCUCCUACCAAGAACCCAACAAAUUCAACCUGAGGUGGUUAGGUGGAGAAAGUGAUAACAUUGAAUUUAGCAAUGAAUAUAAAUGAAGAAACCAAGAACAUAAAUGAGAAAAGUAACUCAGAAGAGGGAGAAGAUACAGGAAAAGAAAUGGUUCCACCUGUUGCAAAUUCAAUUCACAGAUCAAGUUCAAGGCCACAGCUUGAUCUUAGUGGAGCAGCCAUUCAAGGGAAUUUUGAAGAAAGAGAUCCCACCAUUCUUUUGCCUAAUCAAUCUGAUGAUAUAUCACAUUUGGCAUUAGACAUUGGAGGCUCUCUCAUCAAGUUAGUUUAUUUUUCAAGACAUGAGGAUAGAUUAGUCAAUGACAAAAGAAAGAAGUCCAUGAAGGAGAGAUUUGGAGUUAUAAAUGGUAACAGGAGGAGCUUUCCUAUCCUUGGAGGGAGGCUGCAUUUUGUGAAAUUUGAAACAGCUAAAAUUAAUGAAUGUCUAGAAUUCAUCCACUCAAAACAACUUCACAGAGGAGACAACGACAAUGCAGUAAUCAAGGCUACAGGUGGUGGGGCAUACAAGUUUGCUGAUUUAUUCAAAGAAAAACUCGGAGUUAGUAUAGAAAAAGAAGAUGAGAUGGAUUGUCUUGUAGCUGGUGCAAAUUUUUUACUAAAGGCGAUUCGACAUGAAGCCUUCACCCAUAAAGAAGGUCAUAAAGAGUUUGUGCAGAUAGACCAUAAUGAUUUGUAUCCAUAUCUUCUUGUUAAUAUCGGAUCUGGUGUUAGCAUGAUAAAGGUUGAUGGAGAUGGGAAGUUUCAGAGAGUUAGUGGGACCAAUGUAGGUGGUGGGACAUACUGGGGCUUAGGGAGAUUGUUGACUAAGUGCAAAAGUUUUGAUGAGCUUUUGGAGUUGAGUCAAAGGGGAGAUAAUAGCUCUGUAGAUAUGCUUGUUGGGGACAUUUAUGGGGGAUUAGAUUACUCAAAGAUUGGACUUUCUGCAUCAACAAUUGCUUCCAGUUUUGGUAAAGCAAUUUCAGAGAACAAGGAGAUUGAAGACUAUAGACCUGAAGACAUUUCUCUCUCUCUUCUCCGAAUGAUUUCUUACAAUAUAGGACAGAUAUCUUAUUUAACUGCAUUGCAACUUGGAAUUAAACGAAUAUUUUUUGGAGGAUUUUUCAUAAGGGGUCAUGCUUAUACCAUGGACACCAUUUCUUUUGCCAUUCAAUUUUGGUCAAAAGGAGGGGCACAAGCUAUGUUUUUGCGCCAUGAAGGUUUUUUAGGAGCCUUAGGUGCAUUUAUGAGUUAUGAAAAGCAUGGAUUAGAUGAUUUAAUGGUUCAUCAAUUGGUGGAAAGAUUUCCAAUGGGUGCUCCAUAUACUGGAGGAAAGAUCCAUGGGCCUCCACUUGGGGAUUUAAAUGAGAAGGGUGGAUACAAAAGUCCAGAUCUUGUAUAUAGCAAUCAGAGAGGGAAAAAUGUGCAACUUGAUUGGCAAUUCUAUCUUAUAUCAUGGAUGGAGAAAUUUGUACGUAAAGGAACUAAAAUAACUGCUCCUGUUCCAAUGGCUUCUCCAAGAACUACUGGUUUAGGUGGAUUUGAAGCUCCAUCAUCAAAAGGAGACACCCUUCGUUCUGAUGAAAGUAAUUUAAAUGUUGGUGUUCUUCAUCUUGUUCCCUCAUUAGAAGUCUUCCCCUUGUUGGCUGAUCCUAAAACCUAUGAACCCAACACUAUUGAUCUUGCAGAACCCAAUGAGCUUCAAUAUUGGUUCACAGUGUUGUCUGAUCAUUUACCGGAUCUUGUUGAUAAGGCAGUGGCAAGUGAAGGUGGAACAGAUGAUGCAAGAAGAAGGGGUGAUGCAUUUGCUCGUGCUUUUUCUGCCCAUUUGGCAAGGUUAAUGGAGGAGCCUGCUGCUUAUGGAAAGUUAGGGCUAGCAAAUCUGCUUGAGUUGAGAGAAGAAUGCUUGAGAGAAUUCAACUUUUUUGAUGCAUAUAGCACUAUAAAACAAAGAGAAAACGAGGCAUCACUUGCUGUCUUGCCCGACCUUCUAAUGGAGCUUGAUAGUAUGAGUGAGGAAACAAGAUUACUAACAUUAAUAGAAGGUGUUCUUGCUGCAAACAUAUUUGAUUGGGGAUCUCGUGCUUGUGUUGAUCUUUAUCACAAAGGAACAAUUAUUGAAAUCUAUAGAAUGAGUCGCAAAAAAAUGCAAAGACCUUGGAGGGUGGACAAUUUUGAUGCGUUUAAGGAAAGAAUGGGUUUUGGGGAGAAUAAACCGCCACGUCAUAAACGGGCUUUACUUUUUGUGGACAAUGCGGGUGCGGAUGUUGUUCUGGGCAUGCUUCCAUUGGCCCGUGAACUUUUGCGCCGUGGAACUGAAGUUGUGCUUGUUGCAAAUUCUCUUCCGGCGCUAAACGAUGUAACUGCCAUGGAACUUCCGGAAAUUGUAGCCGAGGCUGCCAAGCACUGUGACAUUCUUCGUGGAGCUGCUGAAGCUGGUGGCCUACUUAUGGAUGCAAUGAUCAGUAUUCAAGACAGUCCAAGAGAGAAAUCAUCUUCAACUCCAUUAAUGGUGGUUGAAAAUGGCUGUGGAAGUCCAUGCAUUGACUUGAGACAGGUCAGCUCUGACCUAGCUGCUCUUGCCAAAGAUGCUGACUUGGUCAUUUUGGAAGGUAUGGGGCGAUCUUUACAUACCAACUUUGAUGCUCGGUUUGUAUGUGAUGCUCUCAAGCUUGCGAUGGUGAAGAAUCAACGGUUGGCUGAAAAGUUGAUUAAAGGGAACAUAUACGAUUGUGUGUGUAGAUAUGAGCCAGCCAGCUAAUUGAAAAUUCAAAUCUU